GUCAAGGAUGCAGUCCAAGAAAGUUCUAAAAAUAUAUCAUCAGGUCCAACCUGGUAGUUAACCUAGCUAUGAAAAGCCUCCUUGGAUCCUCACUGGGUCAGACCAUACUGGCAUUCUUAAAAACUCUUCCCAUUAAAGAGUAUCAAGAAUGAAAAUAUAAGGUAUAUACCUACCACUUCAAGAAAGUUCCUACCAGCCAAUAGUCUAGCACCUUAGCUUGCUGCUUUGAUCAUCAAACAGACAUACUCAAGCUCAACACAACAGAGGAAAAUGUCUCGGUAUCAAUAUUUUUCACAUUCUGUGUGUGACCCAUCAGGUAUUGAAAUCAGUUCUGUGAGUCACAAAAAUUUUUUAAAACAAAAUAAAAUAGAAAGUAUCAGGUGCUUUGCCUGACUCCUCUGCCAGAAUUUUGCUGCAAGGAAUACUAAGGUCAAUUUCAGUAUGUGAAAAGAUAAUUAAUGGAGGGCAUAUAAUGAUUAGAAAGUAUAUUGGCUAAGAAAUGGUUUUUCAAUCCUUUGUCCACUGGUGUCUUGUUCGGUUUGCAUAAUAAAGUUGGUGAGCCGUCUAAUUUUAUGUUACCAUGACUUGCAACUAGAUGUGAAUUCUGAGAUGUUCAACUGAGAUGCAUUUGCAAACUGCAUUUUUAGAAAGAUGUUAUCUAGGCUAUAUUUAUAUAUAUACAUAUAUAUAUAUUUUUUGGUUAAUGGCAGUUAAAACAUUUUAAUCAAAAUUACUUUUAAAAUGGAUCAUAUCUUUUUUAAAAGAAAGAGGAAAAAUGAAGUGAAAUAUGCAGAAGCAUGUUCAAGUUCAUCUCCUGUAUCUGGAAAUGUGAAUAGUGACAAUACUGAGAAAAAUAGUGACUCUGAUUUGCAAUCUUCAGCUUCGUUUGAGCCACAUUUCAAAAAGAAAAAAGUAAGUGCAAGACGUUAUAAUGAAGAUUAUUUAAAAUACGGUUUUAUCAAAUGUGAAAAACCCUUUGAAAAUGACCGACCUCAGUGUGUUAUUUGUAAUAAUAUUCUUGCAAAUGAAAGCUUAAAACCUUCAAAAUUAAAAAGACACUUAGAAACUCAGCAUGCUGAACUUAUUGGUAAGCCUCUUGAAUAUUUUCAAAGAAAAAAAGAUGUAAAGUCGUCAACACAAUUUCUUGGUGGUUCUACUGCCAUUAGUGAGAAAGCCUUAUUAUCAUCAUACUUAGUUGCAUAUCGAGUAGCAAAAGAGAAAAUGGCUCACACAGCUGCUGAAAAAAUAAUUCUUCCAGCAUGUUUGGAUAUGGUACGUACAAUUUUUGAUGACAAAUCAGCUGAUAAAUUGAAAACGAUAUCUAGUGAUAACACAAUAUCUCUUCGUAUUUGUACUAUUGCGGAACAUUUAGAAACAAUGCUUCUUGCUCGGUUGCAGUCUGGUAUAGAUUUUGCAAUCCAGCUUGAUGAAAGCACUGAUAUGGGGAGCUGCACAACAAUCUUAGUUUAUGUCAGAUAUGCGUGGCAAGAUGAUUUUAUGGAGGAUUUUUUGUGUUCUUUAAAUAUAACCUCACAUUUAAGUGGAUUAGAUAUUUUUACAGAAUUAGAAAAGUGCAUUGUUGGUCAAUAUAAAUUAAACUGGAAAAACUGCAAAGGAAUUACAAGUGACGGAGCAGCAAGCAUAACGGGAAAACAUAGCAGAGUAAUUAAAAAAUUGCUAGAAGUUACUAAUAAUGGUACUGUGUGGAAUCAUUGUUUUAUACAUCGUGAAGCUUUAGCAUCCAGAGAAAUCCCACAGAAUCUCAUGGAAGUAUUGAAAAAUGCAGUGAAAGUCGUUAACUUUAUUAAAGGAAGCUCACUAAAUAACCAGCUUCUUGAAACAUUUUGUUCAGAGAUUGGAACUAAUCAUACCCACUUACUAUAUCAUACCAAAGUCCGUUGGUUGUCUCACGGGAAAAUACUAAGCAGGGUUUAUGAACUCAGGAAUGAGAUUCACAUUUUUCUUACUGAAAAAAAAUCUCAUUUGGCGAGUAUUUUUGAAGAUGAUAUUUGGGUAAUGAAAUUGGCAUAUUUAACUGAUAUUUUUGGCAUUCUUAAUGAACUGAGUUUAAAACUACGGGGGAAAAAUAGUGAUAUAUUCCAACAUGUCGAAAGUAUCCAGGGAUUCCGAAAGACAUUAUUGUUAUGGCAAGCGAGGCUGAAAAGCAACCGUCCUAGCUACUACAUGUUUCCAAGAUUUUUGCAACAUAUUGAAGAGAAUAUUAUUAAUGAAAACACUUUGAAAGAAAUAAAAUUAGAGAUAUUAUUGCAUCUCACUUCUCUGUCUCAAACUUUUAACCAUUUCUUCUCAGAAGAGAAAUUUAAAACAUUAAGAGAAAAUUGCUGGGUAAAAGAUCCAUUUGCUUUUCGAAACGCAGAAUCAAUAAUUGAGUUAAACUUGGUGCCUGAGGAAGAGAGUGAAUUAUUGCAGCUCAGUUCUUCAUAUACAUUGAAGAGCGAUUAUGAAACAUUAAGUUUAUCAGCAUUUUGGAUUAAGGUGAAGGAAGACUUUCCUCUGCUAAGUAGAAAGAGUGUCCCGCUGUUAUUACCAUUCACAACAACUAGCUUGUGUGAGCUAGGGUUUUCAGUCUUAACCCAGUUAAAACCAAAGGAAAGAAAUGGAUUGAAUGGUGCAGCAGGUAUGCGGGUAGCAUUGUCCUCCUGUGUUCCAGACUGGAAUGAACUUAUGAACAGGCAAGCACACCCAUCACAUUAAAUAAAUCUUACUGAUUUUUGUUUUUGUGUUUCUUAUUUUGUGAUAUUUUCCUACGUUGUAUUUAGAUGUUAAUAUAGCAUUGUAUGAGGUAACUGUUUUUAUUUUUGUUAUAUUUAAAUAUUAAUAAAAUCAU